AAUUUAAAGAAUAUGGCGAGUCCCCGAGGGAUUCUUUUGGUCGCACUUAUAGCAGCUUUUGCUGUCAUUCACUUCGUUCAAGCUGAUCAUUUUCAUGAUCAAGAAGGGUUCAUCAGUUUGGAUUGCGGGUUAUCACCGAGUGAAACCUCUCCUUAUACCGAGCCGCAAACUGGGUUACGGUUUUCGUCAGAUUCAAAUUUUAUCCAAAGUGGAAAAAUUGGAAGAAUUCAGAAAAGUCUAGAGGAAGAGUACCUAACGCAACAUAUAACGCUAAGAUACUUUCCAGACGGAAUACGGAACUGUUACAAUCUUACCGUCAAGAAGGGAACAAACUAUUUGAUAAGAGCCAGAAAUGUAUAUGGCAAUUACGACGGCCUUAGUAGUUAUCCAAAAUUUGAUUUAUAUUUGGGCCCUAAUUUUUGGGUAACCAUAAACAUGGCAAAAUAUGCUGGAAACGGUACAUGGGAGGAGAUCUUUCACACUCCAAGAUCAAACUCAUUGGAUCUAUGUCUUGUUAAGACAGGCACAUCGACGCCGUUCAUAUCAGCCAUAGAACUAAGGCCAUUACCAAAUAACAGUUACAUCACCACAUCGGGUUCAUUGAAGACUUUCAACCGGUUUUACUUUAGCACUUCGAAAGAAGACCAUCAACGGUAUCCGAAUGAUGUGUAUGAUAGAAUGUGGAAACCAUACUUCGCAUCAUGGUGGAAGCAGAUUUCUACAAGUUUUACAGUAAACACCUCCGAUAGUUUUCUCCUACCACAGUUUACGGUCACAACCGCUGCAACCCCUGCAAAUACGAGUGCCCCUUUGAACCAUGCCAUCUAUCUUGAGUUCCCUACUUGUAAGGUUUUCAUGUACCUCCACUUAUCUGAAGUUCAAGCCUUACGGGCCAAUGAGUCUCGAGAAUUCGACAUUUUGUUGAGCGGAGAAUCUGUUUACGACUUUUAUAGCCCUAAAUAUCUACAGUCCAAUACGGUAGGAAACCCCUCUCCGAUCAUUUGUGAAGAUGGCAUAUGCAACUUAGAGCUGUCAAAAUCUAGUAAGUCUACUCACCCACCUCUUCUCAACGCCUUGGAAAUUUUCACAGUUGCCGAACUCCCACAGUCCGAAACAGAUGAAAAUGAUGUGGUUGCUAUUAAAAAGAUCAAAGCUACCUAUGGAUUGAGUAGAAUCUCAUGGCAAGGAGAUCCAUGCGUCCCUCGAGCAUUUUUAUGGGACGGACUAUAUUGUAGUGACUCAAAUACGUCUAUACCACCAAGAAUCACUUCCUUAAACUUGUCUUCAAGUGGAUUAACCGGAACCAUAGCACCCGGAAUUCAAAAUCUAACCCAUCUAGAAAAGUUGGACUUGUCAAAUAACAAUUUGACUGGGGCAAUACCAGAAUUUCUAGCUCACAUGAAAUCUUUGUUACUCAUAAACUUGAGCAAGAACAAUAUGAAUGGUUCAAUUCCACAAGCUCUUCGCGACAGAGAAAAGGAUGGAUUGAGAAUAUUUGUUGGCGAGGACGAGAUGAAUCAAUGUUCAUCUGGUUCAUGUGGCACAAAGAAAAAAUUCCCAACAAUGAUUAUUGCAGUAGCUGCUUCGGCGCUUGUGGUCAUCGCAGUGAUACUAGUUCUCAUAUUUGUUUUCAGGAAGAAAAAGGAACCAAGUCAUGUGGAAGCUACACCCUCAUCAAAAAUUGUGUCACGAGCGAUUGUCACGCCAACUAGUAUAUCGCCGAUAUCAAUCGAGACAAAAAACAGAAAAUUUACUUAUUUGGAAGUUAUGGAAAUGACAAACAACUUCCAAAGAGCUUUAGGGGAAGGAGGAUUUGGCAUUGUCUAUCAUGGUUAUUUAAAUGGUUCAGAGCAAGUAGCUAUUAAAGUACUUUCUGAAUCAUCAUCACAAGGCUAUAAACAUUUCAAGGCAGAGGUUGAGCUUCUUCUGAGAGUUCACCACGUGAAUUUGGUAAGCCUUGUAGGGUAUUGCGAUGAAAGAGAUCAUUUGGCUCUCAUCUACGAAUAUAUGUCUAAUGGUGACUUAAAAUAUCAUUUGUCAGGAAAACACAGUGGUUCUGUUUUGAGCUGGAGUACGCGACUAAGAGUAGCUGUCGAUGCUGCACUAGGAUUGGAAUACUUACACAUUGGAUGUCGACCAUCGAUGGUGCAUAGAGAUGUUAAAAGCACAAAUAUAUUGUUGGACGAGCGGUUCAUGGCUAAAAUUGCUGAUUUUGGUCUUUCAAGAUCUUGCCAACUUGAAUCUCAUGUUUCAACUGUUGUUGCUGGUACUCCAGGAUAUCUUGAUCCCGAAUAUUACAGAACAGGUCGGUUGGCGGAGAUGAGCGAUGUCUACAGUUUCGGGAUCGUAUUAUUGGAGAUGAUUACAAAUCAAAGUGUGAUUGACCAAAACCGUGAAAAAUCACACAUAACAGAAUGGGUGGCAUUUGCGCUUAAUAGAGGAGAUAUUACCAAGAUCAUGGAUCCUGAUCUUUAUGGCGAUUACAAUUCCCGUUCUGUUUGGAGAGCUCUUGAAUUGGCUAUGUUGUGUGCAUGCCCUUCAUCUGAAAAACGACCAAGCAUGUCACAAGUUGUUAGUGAAUUAAAAGAGUGUCUUAUUUCUGAGAACACAGUAAGACGUAAGAAUCAAGAUACGGACUCACAAAGCUCCUUUGAACUGAGCAUGAGCUUUGAUACCAAAGCAGUCCCUAGUGCACGGUAGUAUUUGCAAAGAAUUGUCGAUUUAUAUAUACUUGUGCGUAUAUUUCCUUUUCUUUUUGAAAAGAGCACUUCUAUUUC